CUAUAAUUUACUAUUAAUUGCCCACUCGCCGUGAAAAUGAAACAGAGAUUCCUCUGUCUGAAAGCAAAAUCGUAUUAACUCUCAAACCACUCGCAAAGACAAAGAUCUUCCUCUUCUUCUUCUUCCUUUUACCUUUCUCUGUCUGUCUCCUAUAUAUACUCACCAGAUUAUAGUAUUAAUCCACCAAUCAAAAUUGAAACAAUGGAGAAUCCUCCUAAUGAAACAGAGGCUAACCAAAUCCAACUCAAUGGAGCAAAAAAACCAAAGGGUGGAAUCAUCACUAUGCCCUUCAUCAUAGCAAACGAGGCGUUCGAGAAAGUGGCGAGCUAUGGAUUGUUACCAAACAUGAUUAUGUAUCUAAUUAGAGAUUACAGAUUUGGAGUAGCAAAAGGAACAAAUGUGCUUUUCAUGUGGUCUGCUGCAACAUACUUCACUCCACUCUUGGGUGCUUUUCUCUCUGAUUCCUAUUUAGGUCGAUUUCUCACCAUCGCCAUUGCUUCUCUCUCCAGUUUCUUGGGAAUGGUGCUUCUAUGGCUAACCGCAAUGUUACCACAAGUGAAACCAUCGCCUUGCGAUCCCACAGCGGUUGGCAGUCACUGUGGAUCCGCAACCGCGUCUCAGCUGGCUCUUUUGUAUUCCGCAUUUGCCCUAAUAUCGAUCGGUGCAGGCGGGAUCAGACCGUGUUCCUUAGCCUUUGGGGCUGAUCAGUUAGACAACAAAGAGAACCCGAAGAACGAAAGAGUUCUUGAAAGUUUCUUUGGUUGGUAUUACGCUUCCUCAGCUGUGGCUGUGCUCAUCGCGUUCACAGGCAUUGUUUACAUUCAAGAGCAUCUCGGAUGGAAAAUCGGAUUUGGUGUACCAGCGGUUCUCAUGUUGACCGCUGGUUUGCUGUUCCUUCUCGCAUAUCCUCUCUAUGUUCGACGCAAUGUGACCAAGAGCCUCUUCACCGGUUUAGCUCAAGUUGUUGUUGCAGCUUACGUGAACAGGAAGUUAAGUCUACCAGAUCAGCAUGACUCAUUUAAUUCUUAUUAUCACGUGAAAGAUUCUGAUCUCAAAGCUCCAAGUCGCAAGUUGAGGUUUCUGAACAAAGCUUGUUUGAUAAGUAACCGCGAGGAGGAGAUUGGGUCAGACGGGUUUGCUUUGAAUCCAUGGAGGCUAUGCACAACAGACAAAGUAGAAGAGCUUAAGGCAUUAAUUAAAGUCAUACCGAUAUGGUCCACGGGUAUAAUGAUGUCCAUAAACACUGGCCAAAGCUCGUUUCAGUUGCUGCAAGCGACGUCCAUGGACAGGCGUCUGAGCCGCCAUGGUUCAAGCUUUCAAAUUCCAGCAGGAUCAUUCGGUAUGUUCACAAUCAUAGCUCUAGCCAUGUGGGUCGUUCUAUAUGACCGUGCCGUCAUCCCAUUAGUUUCAAAGAUCCGAGGCAGACCUUUUAGACUCAGCGUUAAGCUAAGAAUGGGAUUAGGAUUAUUCAUGUCAUUCUUAGCAAUGGCGAUUUCCGCAAUGGUCGAAAGCUUCAGAAGGAAAAAAGCUUUAAGCCAAGGGUAUGCAAACAAUGCCGUUGCUGUUGUUGACAUCUCAGCGAUGUGGCUCGUGCCACAAUAUGUGCUACAUGGAUUAGCAGAGGCUCUUACCGCAAUAGGACAGACCGAGUUUUUCUACACCGAGUUUCCUAAAAGCAUGUCUAGCAUCGCAGCAUCACUGUUCGGUCUAGGAAUGGCUGUGGCGAGUCUACUGGCAAGCGUGAUCCUCAGUGCGGUGAAUCAUCUAACCUCAAGAAAUGGUAAAGAGAGUUGGGUUUCAGACAACAUAAACAAGGGUCAUUACAACUAUUACUAUUGGCUACUCGCCAUCAUGAGCUUCAUCAACGUGAUCUAUUACGUGAUAUGUAGCUGGUCGUAUGGUCCGUUGGUCGACCAGAUGAGGAACGGUAGGGUUAAUGGUGUGAGAGAGGAAGAGGAGUUGCUUGACAUUGUUGGGAAAGGCUUCGAGAAAGAAGAUCUAAGUGAAGUUGUUAAAAAGAAUUAAGGAAUCAAAGAUCUUGCAAGAUUGUACGAUGUCUAUAAAGGGAGCGAAACUAUAGGAAUGGGUAUUUAUUGCAUUUGGUGUGCGUGUUGUUACUCAGCAUUAUGGAUCUAUACAGUUCUGUAAUUAGAUUAAAUUAUGUGUUUUGCGUUUUAGGGUUUUGGAUUAAAAAAAGGUUUAUGAUUUUUGGCUAUGUAAUUUAUUUACAUGCCAAGUUUUUGUUUUGUAUUUAUGGUGUUACUGCAAUUGAUGGAGUCUUCUUUGUAUAUAAUGUUUGUUGUUUUUCUUUGUUUUAUUUAUGCUUUCCACUUUUCCAG